AUGGCAACAGCUUCGAAUAUGAAGGAAGACUUGACAGCCUUUCAUGAUCAUUUGAACAAGUCCAACAGAAUCGUUGCGCUCUUAGGUGCUGGUAUCUCCGCUUCAUCCGGGCUUGCCACGUUCAGAGGAGCCGGAGGUCUUUGGCGAAACCAUGACGCGACUUCUAUUGCCACUCCUGAAGCAUUUGAAGAGGACCCGGCGCUCGUUUGGAGAUUCUAUUCAUGUGAGUGAUAAGAUCGGACCAUAAAUACACUCCAACUGACAUCGUGAAAAGAUCGCCGUCACAAGGCGCUGCAAGCCGAGCCCAAUCCCGCCCACUAUGCCCUGGCCGAGCUGGCUCGUCGCAAGCCCCGAUUCUUGACACUGAGUCAAAAUGUCGAUGGAUUAAGUCCACGUGCAGGCCAUCCGCCAGAACAGCUCAAGCUUUUGCAUGGCAGCUUGUUUCAAGUUCGAUGCCACAACCCAAAGUGCGAUUAUCAGGAGGACAACUACGAAGACCCAAUCGUCCCGGCGCUCGCUAUCCCCACAGACGGCAAGGACCCUACUACCAGGGAGGCACUGGAAGAAGCACAGACUGCAAAGAAGCAGGGCACCGAACUCGACAUCAGCGAUGCUUCUGUACCAAUUGAAAAGAUCACCACGAGCCAGCUGCCCCAUUGCCCAAAAUGCGAGAACCGUCUUCUUCGGCCGAACGUGGUGUGGUUUGGGGAGAAUCUGCCACGAAAGACCAUCGAAGAGGUCGACGAGUACAUGGAUCAACGCGAAGGUAUCGAUCUGAUCAUGGUCAUUGGCACUUCUGCAAAGGUCUAUCCCGCAGCCGGAUACUCCGAGGAGGCACGAGAUAAGGGUGCCAGCGUGUGCGUGAUUAACAUGGGUAAGUCGCUCCAGUAUGCAAUCGUCAAAUUUCUUGUCAGGCUGACCAGAGGCAGAUCCAAACGAUCGUCCGCCAGGGGGGUGGAAACAGGGAGACUGGUUCUUCCAGGGAGACGCUGCUGAAUUAGUCCCGAAGCUGCUGGAGCCGGUCAUUGGCACUCUGAGGCUGCCAUCGAAGUCCAUGGUAUGA